GUGGCAGAGGCAGGGAGGGGUAAGAAAGGAUAGAGUAGGAGCACUGGAACAAAAAUAAUUGAGUGACCACAGCAGAGACGGGGAGGAAGACCGGCUCCAGGAAGCAGACAGAAUCAGAGGAAAAGAGGAUGCUGCUGCAGCCGAGUCCUCCCUCCUGACUUCUGCGGAGUUUGGCCGCUGAAAUGCAGCAUUCUUUCAUCUGAGUCUGAGCAUCUCCACUUUGAGAAAGUGUGUGUUAGUGCGCGUGAACGUAGCCAUGGCGAGCGCUCAGCCGGGGGUCCACGCACUGAAACUCCAGCCUCCCUCCGUCUCUCACACACUAAGGAAUGGGAGCAACUUCAUCAAAUGGGAUGAGGACCUAUCCACUGUCACACCUGUAACCCUUCAUGUGGAUCCCAAUGGAUUUUAUCUCUACUGGACUGACCAGAACAAGGACACAGAGUUGUUGGAUCUGACUGUCGUGAAGGAUGUCCGAACAGGAAGAAGCACCAAAACAACAAAGGAAGCCAAGCUGCGUGAAUUGCUCGAUGUGGGAAACCUGGUGGGUCGGCUGGAGAAUCGCAUGGUUACCGUGGUUACGGCUUCAGACCUCGUCAACGUUAACCAGCUUAACUUCAUCGCUUCACAGGAGGAUGAAGCAAAGGUUUGGUGUGAGGAGCUCUUUUCUCUGUCUUCAAACCUUUUGAGUCACAACCUGAACAGAGAUCAAAGUCUGCUUAAAGCGUAUGUCCGCUUAACACUUCAGCUGAACACAGACGGAAGAAUUCCCGUGAAAAACAUUGUUCGGCUCUUUUCAUCGGACAGAAAAAGAGUGGAGACCGCGCUGGACAGUUGUAGACUGCCGUAUGGACGGGGUGACAGCAUCAGAGUGGAGGACUUUACUCUUGAAGUUUACAAGAGCUUCCUGGACAGUUUGUGUCCUCGUCCCGAGCUCGGAAACAUCUUCAAGCUGCAAGGAGGCAAUGGUGGGAUGCUGUCCAUCGACCAGAUGACAGAGUUCAUCAACAACAAGCAGAGAGACCCACGGCUGAAUGAAAUCCUGUACCCCCCUUUUCGGCCCGCUCAGACUCUCUCUCUAAUGGAGAGACACCAGCUUGACCAGGCAGAGCUGAAGAGAGGGCUGAUCUCUCUGCAAGCCUUCUCCAUGUACCUGUCCAGUGAUGAAAAUGGAGUCAUCCCACCAGAGAAACUGGAUCAGUCUGAAGACAUGAGCUUCCCCAUGUCCCACUAUUUCAUCAACUCCUCCCAUAACACAUAUCUGACAGCGGGCCAGCUGGCAGGAAGCUCUUCAGUGGAGAUGUACCGGCAGGUUCUGCUGGCAGGCUGUCGCUGUGUGGAGUUAGACGUGUGGAAAGGACGAACUGCAGAGGAGGAGCCCGUCAUAACACACGGCUUCACUAUGACGUCUGAAAUCUCAUUUAAGGAGGUGAUCGAAGCCAUUGCAGAGUGCGCCUUCAAGACUUCACUUUUCCCAGUCAUCCUCUCCUUUGAAAAUCAUGUGGACUCCUUGAAGCAGCAGGCUAAAAUGGCUGAGUACUGCCGGUCCAUUUUUGGAGAUGCUCUGCUGAUCGACCCUCUGGACAAAUACCCUCUGGAAGCCGGGGUUGCGCUGCCCAGUCCUUUGGAGCUGAUGGGAAAAAUUCUCAUUAAGAACAAGAAAUCUCACAAACCCUGCAGCAGCACAGACACCAAGAGACCAAUCGACCAACCUGCCAAUCAAAUUUACGAACCGCUGUCUCCUAGCAACAACACAGGAGACAUUGAGGCUGAGAGUGAAGAAGAAGAUGAUGAUGACGAUGAUGAUGGUAAAAAGGGCUCAGCAGAGCGGGAGGCCGUGGCAACAGAAGAAAUGUCCACUCUGGUAAACUACGUCCAGCCAACCAAGUUCAACUCUUUUGAGGCAUCAAAGAAGGCCGCCCGCUGUUACCACAUGUCGUCUUUUGUGGAGACCAAAGCUUUGGAGCACCUCACAAAGUCACCAGUGGAGUUUGUGGAAUAUAACAAAUCCCAGCUGAGCCGUAUUUAUCCAAAAGGAACCAGAGUGGAUUCAUCAAAUUUCAUGCCUCAGCUUUUCUGGAACGCUGGAUGUCAGCUGGUGGCUCUCAACUACCAGACUAUUGAUCUGUCCAUGCAGCUUAACCUGUUCAUGUUUGAGUACAACGGCCGGAGUGGCUACAGGCUGAAGCCAGAGUUCAUGAGGCGUCCAGACAAACACUUUGACCCUUUUACUGAGAACACAGUUGACGGCAUCGUGGCAAACACUCUGUCUGUGAAGGUCAUUUCAGGACAGUUUCUGACUGAGCGCAGAGUGGGGGUGUAUGUGGAGGUGGAGAUGUUUGGACUUCCUGCAGACACCAGAAGAAAAGCUCUAAAGACUAAAACCUCUCAGAACAACAAUGCCAUCAACCCAGUGUGGGACGAGGAGCCGAUUGUCUUCAAAAAGGUGAUCCUGCCCACACUCGCUUCUCUGAGAAUCGCUGCAUUUGAGGAGGGAGGGAAAUUCAUUGGCCAUCACAUUAUUCCGGUGUCUGCCAUCAGACCAGGGUACCGUUACAUCGGCCUAAGGAACGAGAGGAAUCAGUCGCUGAUGCUGCCGGCCGUGUUCGUCUACAUUGAGGUCAAAGAUUACGUCCCUGACACUUUUGCAGACGUGAUUGAAGCGCUCUCAAACCCAAUCCGAUACGUCAACCUGCUGGAGCAAAGAUCUAAACAGCUGGCAGCUUUGACUCUGGAGGAUGGCGAGGAGGAGGCACAGACAGAGGAUGAGGCUGACAGCACCACAGAGAAACGAGCCGACCUCAAACCUGCUACGGUGGAAAACGGCCUCAGCCCCACCUCGAGCCAGGCAGGCCACACCCCUGCUGCCACAACUCCUAAAGCCUCCUCAGCCAAUCAGCAAGCAGCUGCUGCAGAUCCAGCAAAAGCGUCAGUGAAGACAGAAGACCUGGUUUUGAGUGUUUUGAUAGAGGUUCCUCCGUGCUUACUGGAACACCUGCAGCAGUCCAAACUUUACUCAAAGGAGCAGAGGCGUCAGUUCAAGGAACUGAAGGAGCUGAGCAGGAGACACCAGAAGAAAACCUCAGAGCUCCUCAGAGAGUUCAACAACAAAUACAAGAAGAUGGCCCGGCAGUGCAGCAAGAGCCGAGCUUCGUCCUCAGAAAGUGAGAAAGACGAGCGUCUGCAGCAGCUGAGAGAGGAUCAGCAUCAGCAACUCCUGGCUCUGCGGCAGGAACAGUUCUACAGCCAGAAGUACCUGCAGAAGGAGCACAUAAAAACGCUGACAGAACGUCUAAGCAGCCUGGCUGAGGAGAGCCACCGGGGGCAGAUGAAGAAACUCAAGGACAUCUGCGACAAAGAGAAAAAGGAGUUAAAGAGGCAGAUGGAUCGAAAGAGAACAGAGAAGAUCAACCAGGCCAAGACCAAAGAGAAACAUCUGGCUGAGGAAGAAAAGAUUGAGAUCAACAAGUCUUAUGUCAAUGAAGUGGUCCAGAACAUUAAACGGCUGGAGGAGACUCAAGCGAAGCGCCAUGAUCAGCUGGUGGAGCAGCAUGACCAGCUCCUGCAGGAGAUCCAGGACCAGAAACUCAAGCUUCAGGCAGCCGUGGAGGUGGAGUUUCAGGAGAAGUUCCAGCAUUUGCCGGGAGAGAUUCAAGACUUCCUGCAGGACAGGAGGAUGGAUGGCAGAAGCAGCAGCAAAUCCCGCCCCUCCACCCCACAUGAAACUCUGUCAGAGGUUGACUGAGGGGGGGCUGUGAGAAUGAUCCAGAUUAGUAAGACUGUUACUUUGUGGAAGAAUGUUCUUUCCUUUCUAGUUUGAGCAUGCACUUUGUGUAACCAGAGGUCAUCCUUUAUUUUGAUGGAGAUUUAGUAGUUUGAUGUGCAUGACAUCUAUAAACCUAUUUCUCAUUUUAUCUAUUUAUAUUUUUAUCUAUUCAUCUUUAACAUUAUGCUAGAGGAGAAAACAUGCAUGCCAGUCCUCACAGCUCCAAGUCUCUGCUGUUUUUACUUGUUUUAUCCUAGAACAGACACACACAGAAACAUAGACAGACACCAGCUGUUGAUGAAAGUCAUCAGAAAAUUCUCACUUAGUCCUAAAGACACUGCAGAAACGUGUCUGUUUAUUCCUAAAUGCUGGAUGAGCUGAACAUGGGUCAAACAGAAGAAGCUGUUUCCUCCACAGAGAGGCUGAAGGCCCUCACAAAUGUGAAGGAAGUCUCUGUGAUUUACAGACAAUGUGAUCAUGAUGAGGCAGAAGGAGCAAAUAAACACAAAAUUCUAAUGUCAAAUAGUAGAAAACUUUCAAACAGAAGUUCAGCUUUAAACCUUACAUCUUUACAUCUCCCAGCCAAGCAGUUUCCCAGAUCAGUUCUUCCUCUUUUAACAUCAACAUGUGCAACAUGUGAGGAAAAACUCAUAAUUCUGAGAUAAGAAGAGACUUUUGUCUGUGGGGGAAACUUAGGUCUGGGGUCUUCAUAUGCAGUUUUAUUUUCAUCAGCAUUUGUUUCUAAAAACAUUUGAAGAUAUCGCUGCGUUUCUGCAGCAAGUUAUUUCACUUUAUUACAAUUAACAUGGAGGAGCAGCAGCAUCCUCUGCAGUCCCUCCGCCUGCUGCCCGGCCCCUCCCUUAUGAUGGGGGGUCUCGGUCCUUCUCCACUGCAUGACUUACUUUGGUGUGAAUUUCUCGUCCUCAUUUCCAGCUGUUGUUUGACUGUAGUGAGAACCGCUUAUAUGUGUUCCCAUUUGCUCCUGAUCUUCCACACACACCUGCUGGAAUGUUUUUAAACCUCAUCCAGAGCCAGGGCUGCGUUCAACGACCUUUUUCAGGGCUCUUCUCCUCGCAGUCUCUUAUUGGACGCACAGGUUUUGGUCCAGGUUUGGUUUUUGUGGCAUUAUGCAGAACUUGCAGCUGAGUCUUCUUUCCAAAAUACCUCAUAGUUGAGCACAUCACCUGUUGGAUCAGAGGUUUUCCAGGUCAAUGUUUUGUUGAACGCAGAUCUGCUGCUCUGCAUGCUGGGCUUCUCCAGCAGGGACCUGCUCUCUGAACCACGAUCACAUGUUUUGCAAAGUGAGGAUUCAUUCUGGAAUAUCUGUGGAGGCUGGUUCACUUCCCAGAGGGAAAGUUUGCUUUCAUUUGAAGUGGUCAAACUCUGAACAGGCUGAUCUUGCUUCAUGAUGUGCCCCCCCCCCCCCCCAGCAGAACUUUUCUCCUGGAUGCUGUGUGAAGACUCAAAAACUGUACGUUAUUUCCACUAAAAGGAUGAUUUGGAAGACAACAGCACUUUGAUGAGGACUUUCACCCACACUUUGUCACAGUUGGUUAUUGAACGGUGAACUUUAUCAGUACUGAUAUUUAAUAAAUAGAGAACUCAGCGGUGUGUUUUCUUUCUGUUGGAGUUUCUUUAUGGUCUUACUUUACUUUCCAACACUUCCCAAAUGUUUGGAUCUGCCAAACGUACCUCUCUAACAUCACCUGUCACUCUACUUUGGCAUGUUUCAUAAUUUGCAUCCUCUGACAUGAAAACAAUAAAAAAAUUAUUUUCUGCAA